AUGGAAAUUCAACUGACUUUCUGUCAGAAGCUGACGCGGAAGCUUCAACAUAUUCUGGGAGACAAUCUUUCCAAGUCUAGCAUCCCCAACACGCUACCCCGUGCGGAAUCUACUUCUGAUACUCUUGAUGCUGCACUUGAAUGGGAACGCAUUCGACGAUCGGCAGCUCCAUCGCCAGAGUUGCUCUCUAAGGAAUGCCAGAGACAGAAGAUACAUCCAGAUAGCCAUGAGCUCCCUGAGGAUAAAGAUGGGAAGGCAAGGGGCUGCUCCUCAACAUGCCACCAAACAGGCCAGUUGUUGGUGGGAAGCAGGGCUGCGGGACAAAUAGGCAAGAUAGGGGUCAGUGAAGAGGAGCAUUUCAUGAUUGGGUUUGGUUCAUUUCUGGGGGCGCUGGCUGAAAAAUAA